AUCUGAAGCUGCAGUUCUGAUCUUCUGACUGCUGUCCUCAAUGUUUUGUGACAUGUUCUCCUAUAAAGCUUUGACAUGAUGAUGAUGUUGGUUGUUAUGUGAUUUUCAAUCUUAAUACAUUUAAUUAUUCAUUCACUUUAUUUCUUGAGUUCCGCUCAUGUUGUUGAGAUGAAGGACACAAACUCUCAGAAAGAGGAAGAGAAUAUUCAUUAAGCGUCAAUGAGCACUUAUGUAAGUCUGAAAACCACCAGCAGUCCGUCAGUUAAAAACGGCUUCAAAUCUUGUUCAUUUCCUAUAUGUGCAUUGACAGAGAGGCUCAUCACAGCACGGUGAACUGUCUUUCCCGCUUCCCAGCGUGACAUCCGACGGGUUUUCCCAGAUCGCAUCACAUGUCUGAGUUUGCUAUGGCGGCGUGUUUCACAAUAUCUCUGAUGUUUCUGCUCAUGACUGCUGAUGUUGAUGGUUGGCGGGAUUGGGGAGUGAAUUACAAUCCUUCUUAUGUUUGUGCAUUAAGAGGCUCAACAGUGAGAAUGUCCUGUAUUUAUCCUCGUGGUUAUUGGAUCACAUCAUCAUACUGGACCAAAACAACAUAUCAACCUGUUUCAGUGUCACCAAACCUGUGUUCUGACACAUAUUACAGAGAAAAUGUUCAGUGUCGGAGUGAGAAUACAGAGAAUUACAGCAUCACUUUAACACAUGUGACAGAAGCUGAUAAAGGCGUCUACUACUGGAUAUUUACAGAAAGUGGAUACAUUGGAGAAUAUAGAGGGACUCCUGGAGUUAAGCUUGAUGUCACAGACCUCCAGGUGGAGACACAACAGAGAGUGAAAGAGGGAGAUUCAGUCACUCUUACAUGUAAAACCACCUGCAGACUGACUAAAGAAACAACAUUCAUCUGGUACAGAAAUGGGCAGAGAUUACCUGAAGGAAGAUUUACAGUGAACUUGCCGUCAGUCAGUCAUCAUGAUUCAGGACUCUAUAGAUGUGCUUUGAGAGAAUAUGAACAUCUGUCCUCUGCGGGUGUUUAUCUCAGUGUUGAUUAUGUUGAUGGUCAGCAGGUUUGGGGAGUGAAUUACAAUCCUUCAUAUGUUUGUGCAUUAAGAGGCUCAACAGUGAGAAUGUCCUGUGAUUUAAAAUAUCCUCCUGACCAUGUGGUCAAUAAAACCUUCUGGACAAAAGCUGUUGUACCUGAUGCAUCAUCACCUGACCUGUGUUUGAACCCAGAAAAAGGAAGAGUUCAGUGUCACAGUGAAAAUAAAGACUCUAACAGCAUCACUUUGACACAUGUGACAGAGGCUGAUAAACACGUCUACUACUGCAGAUUUAUAACAGACAGACCAGAUGGAGUAUGGACAGGAGUUCCUGGAGUUCAGCUUGAUGUCACAGACCUCCAGGUGGAGACACAACAGAGAGUGAAAGAGGGAGAUUCAGUCACUCUUACAUGUAAAACCACCUGCAGACUGACUGAAGAAACAACAUUCAUCUGGUACAGAAACACACACACAUUAACUGAACACACAGUGAAUAAGUUUCAUCUACAGUCAGUCAGUCAUCAUCAUUCAGGAGUCUAUAGAUGUGCUAUAAGAGGAUCUGAACAUCUGUCCUCUCCUGGUGUUAAUCUCCUUGUUGAAAAGGUUGAUGGUCAGAAGGAUUGGGGAGUGAAUUACAAUCCUUCAUAUGUUUGUGCAUUAAGAGGCUCAACAGUGAGAAUGUCCUGUGAUUUAAAAUAUCCUUCUGGCCAUGUGGUCAAAGAAGCCUUCUGGACAAAAGCUGUUUACACUGGUGAAGAAAAUCCAAACCUGUGUUUGAAACCAACAGACAGAAGACGUGAUUGUCGAAGUGUAAAGAAAGACACUCACAGCAUCACUCUGACAAAUGUGACAGAAGCUGAUAAACACGUCUACUACUGCAGAUUUACAACAAACCAUCAAGGUGGAAAAUGGACAGGAGUUCCUGGAGUUCAGCUUGAUGUCACAGACCUCCAGGUGGAGACACAACAGAGAGUGAAAGAGGGAGAUUCAGUCACUCUUACAUGUAAAACCACCUGCAGACUGACUGAAGAAACAACAUUCAUCUGGUACAGAAACACACAGACAUUAACUGAACACACAGUGAAUGAGUUUCAUCUGCAGUCAGUCAGUCGUCAUGAUUCAGGAUUCUAUAGAUGUGCUGCUGGAAGAGUAUCUGAACAUCUGUGCUCUCCUGGUGUUCAUCUCAAUGUAGAAUAUCCUCCAGAGAAAACCUCAGUGUCCAUCAGUUCUUCUGGUGUCAUAGUGGAGGGUGAUUCAGUGAAUCUGACCUGCAGCAGUGAAUCAAAUCCACCUGUUCACACCUACAGCUGGUUUAAAGGAGAAAAGUUUGUAGGAUCUGGAAACAUCUACAGAAUCUCAAGUAUCAGAUCAGAUCACAGUGGAGAAUACAAGUGCAAGGUCAACAAUAAACAUGGAGAGAAAUAUUCAGAAGCUGCGACGCUGAAUGUGAUGUAUGCACCACAGAAUGUCUCAGUGUCCAUCAGUUCUUCUGGUGUAAUAGUGGAAGGUGAUUCAGUGACUCUGACCUGCAGCAGUGAAUCAAAUCCACCUGUUCACAUCUACAGCUGGUUUAAAGGAGGAAAACUUGUAGAAUCUGGAAACAUCUACAGAAUCUCAAGUAUCAGAUCAGAUCACAGUGGAAAAUACAAGUGCAAGACCAGAAAUAAACAUGGAGUGAAAUAUUCAGAAGCUGUGAUGCUGAAUGUGAUGUAUGCACCGAGGAAUGUCUCAGUGUCCAUCAGUUCUUCUGGUGUAAUAGUGGAGGGUGAUUCAGUGAAUCUGACCUGCAGCAGUGAAUCAAAUCCACCUGUUCACAACUACAGCUGGUAUAAAGAGAAUCAAACAUCAUCUGUUGGAUCUGGAGAGACGUUCAGACCUCUAGAGAGUGGAAAGUUUUACUGUGUGGCUCAGAAUAAACAUGGAUCUCAGAGAUCAGCUGCUGUAUCACUCACUGAUAAAGGAGUUCAGAGUCCUUCUGUAGUUUCUGGGAUUGUAGCAGGAUGUGGAGGAUUGUUCUUCAUCAUCAUCUUCAUCAUCAUUUUUAUAUGGAAAAAAUGGAAAGAUGGUGGAUCUGAAGUUAACAGUCAACAUCAGGACAAUCACUUUAGUGGAUCAGCAGGAGCAGCUUCAGCCAAUGAUGUUCCACUUUAUUCACUAGUAUCAGCCAAUCAGAGGGAAGACUCAGUGUCUGCUGAUGAUGUUCAAUAUACCAGUGUCAAAUACAUCAGAAAUAAAGAGAUCAGUGAAAAGGAACAGGAGGAGUGUCAGUAUAUGAACUUCAAAUUGAAUCCUGCGUCUGAUCCUGACUGUUCGACUGAUGUGAUCUACAGUUCAGUUAAAUGAUCAACAUGUCCUCAAUCUCAAACAUGUGACCGAUAACAAGACUCACUAUCAACAGAACCAGUUCAAACUCUGGAGUCUUCUGUUGAAUUGAAAUCUCUUUAUUUUUACAAGAACUUAAUUCACAUUUACAUUAAAUACUUUCAGUAUUGUUUUUUAUGUAGCUUGUUAUAAUCCUAAUUUAAAGAUUUUUUUUUGCAGUUUUCAAAAUAAUUGUUAUUAUUUAAAUAGCAUUGUAACAGAUUUAUAACUAUAAAUGUAUUUGUCAAAGAUAUUUUAGUCUUUCUGCUACAAUGUAAAUGUACAGCAUUUUCUUUUACAGUGUGCACAUAUUACUUAAUAAAUAAAAUCUGAACAUUGCAUGAUCUCAUGGUCCAAUUUAACAAGGGGACCAAAAUAUAUUUGCAGUUCUGCUCUGUUCUGUAGCCAAACUCUGUGUUUCCCAAUGCUGUCUAUGUAAUUCAAGCCUCAAACCGACUCUAAAACAAGAGUGAAGUGAUUUGUUUUAAAUGUGAAACAGGUGUAUUGCAUUUUGAGCCACUAGAGGCGCUGUGUGUGUGUCAGACAUGAGAGCACGGU